CCGGGAGAAAUGUAUAAAAGAAUAAGCUCCGAACGGUAAGGCAUCAGUCGUUCAUUUGCUAGCAACGAAACCAAACCAAACUCCUCAACCAUGAAAGUGAUGAUUGUAUUCGCCCUCGCGCUUGUGGCCCUCGCCGCCGCCGCCCCAGUGGAGCCUGAACCACCAAAGAUCGUGCGCUCCGAAUUCAACCAGGAACCCGAUGGCGCAUACAACUUCGGUUUCGAGACUGAGAACGGUAUCAACCGCCAAGAGAACGGACAACUGAAAGAAGCCCUCGACGAGGAGAACAAGCCGCACACUGUGGUAGUCGUCCGCGGCUCAUACUUCUACACUGACAAGGAGGGCAAGGUCGAGACCGUCAACUACUACGCCGACGAGACCGGCUUCCACGCCGAGGGUGACUCCAUCCCCAAGGGCCCCGCCAGGAGAUAAGCAACAACUCACAUAUUCCUAUGAGUAAUCGAUUACAACGUUCACUAAUCGAUUAUCCAUGGAACCCGCAAAGGGAAAUGUAAUUCUGCCAUAGUGAAGAUGUAAGGCGUGGCAUCCGUCUCACAUCUUUUCCUUGUUUCGUUAUUAACCGAUGCACACUGCCAUAUUUUUUUACGUUUUUUAUAUUGUUUGUUGAGUUGAUAUGCGAUCCGUAUAGUGAAUAAACUUCAUUUGAAACUA